GCUAUAGGUUGUGGUCCUUGGUUCUAAACUGGUGGGUUAGGGCUUAAAAGUGGGUCACGGGGGCCAGCUCCAGUGAGACAUGUGCCUAAGAUGUGGAGCAGCCGCACCUUUGUUUUGAGGAACAUGUGCUUCCUAUGACACAGUGCACUUAAAGUAGUAGUGUGUAUUAUUCACACGUUAGUUGUUAGUUCAGAAAUCUAGGGCAAAAUUGUCAUCAAGAGAAUGGCCAUGGAUUCUGAGGAUUUAAACAAGAAGUUUAUAUUAAAGUGGGGCAAACAAACUGGUGACCCCAUUGCCAUGAAAUACUCCAGUGUAGUCCUGCUCCAGUACCAGCGUUGAGUACAAAACAUCUUGUCAAAAGAACAUGAAAAACUCGCUAAACUAGGUGCUGCUUACAUAGAAAUGCACAAAGCGGUAAAUGAUAAACUUGUCGUAGUUGUGUGCAUAACUCACUGUUUUUUCUCUGUUCACUUUAGAUUCAGAUUUAUACUUUCCCACUGAACUCAUGCAACUUGAUGAAUGUUUUCAUUUAAUUAAAGCAGUGUAAUGUCUAGCUUGAUGAGCAGGAACCUGAUGAGCCACAAGGCUUUCUUUAUUCUGACAGACAGGUCUGCUACAGUAGAUACACACCUCAAGAUCAACACAGACGCAUAUUUCAUAGCACAUUUUAAUAAGACUAUGUGAACAGUGGUUGGCCUGUUCAUGUUAGAGAUACCUGGCUAAUGAGACUUAGUUGCAUGAAGUGUUGUAUGAAGUACUAAACAAAUAUACUUGAGUUGAAUUAUGGUUACCUUACCAGAGAAUGACUCAAGUCAAAAUGAUAGUCUCCCAUGAGAACUCUACUCGAGUCAAAGUCUUAAAGUAUAUCACAUUCUCUCUACUUAAGUAUCAAAAGUACUCAGGUUAAUAUUCUCCAAGUAAAAGUAAAAAGUCAAAUUACAAAUAAAUGUAUUUUUAUUUUUUGCGAAAGUCACUUAUGCCCAAAUAAGCACAAAUUUUUAAUAACUGGACACACACAGAGGGGCACACACACACACACACACACACACACACACACACACACACACACACACACACACACACACUGCAGACAUGCCUUGGAUUAAGUGAUGGACAAUGAUCAAGCACAAUGCAAAUCAACAUUAGGGAAAAAAGAAAAAAAAAAUUUCUCCCUACCUGCUGUGAUAGUAAUGAAGUAAAAAUAGUAGUAGUGAAGAUGCUUCUGUGAAAUUAAGUGGAGUGAAAGUAUACUUUUAUGGUAGAAAUGUAACCAAGUAAAAGUGAAAUUCGUAGGCACAAAAAGAAACUCCAGUUAAGUACAGAUACAGUACUUCAAAAUUAUACUCAAGUACUGUAUCUAAGUAUUGCCGCUUACUUACUUUACAACUCUGGUUUCAUGUUAAGUCCAACCUCUAUGCAGGGCAAUCCCUGCCCAAGAAGGUAAAUGUGAAUGAUACCCGGAAAUGGGCACUCGCUGUGAUGGAGAUCCUAGGAGCUCUGUCAUCCCAAGUCCAGUGCUGUACAACUUUUCAUGUGACCUAAAUAAAUGUUUUAUCUGAGAACUGAAGAUUUCUCUGGUUGUCCUUGAGCAGUCAACUAAAGAACAGAUUCUUACAAACUAUUGCUGCAUGUUGGCUGUUCCGUCACUGGAAGGUUCCAUAGCAAAAUCUCUAAACGACCACAUGGAGUAGCAACAGGCAGAUCCAACGAGAACUGUGGAUUCGCAUCAAUCGCCUGUGUUAUAUUUGCAGUUUGUACUCACUGAGCUGUCAAAGAAUACUUUUAUGUACAAACAUCAGAUGGUUACUCCAGAGAUUGAGAAAUUGAGCUAAUGCAUGAGUGUUAAAACUGCUGUUCCUGGAGUGUCCCCUUGAUAAACUUGCAUCCAGAGCAGCUCUUCUUGGUAGCAAAAAAUAAACCCAUUUACAGCCUGGUACAAAAAACAACCCUUACCAAAAAGAAGUAUGUUGAAGUGUACUUCAAGUAUACCGUUUUUAAACUAAGCAUGCUUACAGUUAAAAAGUUAAUGUUAAGUAUACUUGGCUUGUACUAAGAAUUAUACUAAAAAUCUAAAUAUAUUUAACCUAUACUUUUCAAAAACUUUUGAUCAAGAUAUACUCCAGUAUGUAUUUGUACCUUACGUUUAAGUAUACCUGACUUGAACUACUUUUCUUUUAAAUAGUAUACUUUAUAAGAGUAUACUAUAGUAUACUAAGCGUAUACUUUUAUAUACUACUAUAGAAAUACUGGCAUACCAAAAAAAAAAUUUUAAGAUUUCAGAGUGGGCACACAGAUGGCUGAGUGGGUUGAGACAUGCACCAUGUAAGCCAGGUCCGCCGCGCCGACAUGGCGUUCCCAAGCACAAUUUGGUAUUUUGGUGAGCAGCACAGCCCGGCGUAAGUAUCUCCCCUCCCUAACUCAGCUCCUCCCAGCGGCGUAAGUCGCAGCGAGGGAGGAGAGAGGGCAUGGAGUGGAUUUAACACAGCCGAGACCUGUAUUGACCAAUAACAUCAGCUCCUCUCCUCGCCUUUAAAUCAGCCAUCGGCGAGGCAUAUUACUAUUUUCGUGAAAUAGUCAAAGAGAUCAAGGUAUGACUGAAGACAGUAAUGCCACACAAUGGCAACAGAAGGCAGCUCCUCAACAAGUGUCGCUGUAAACGCUGCAGAGGGCAUCCUUCACACUGUCUCAUAUGAGCACAGAUGGAUUCGAUGUGUGUAAGUUUGGACCCACUAGUAAGACAAACACCCUUUCCACAAAUAAAGACACUCACAUAAAGUUGCAUAUAUUCAAACCUCACAUGACAAAGGUGGGUUGUGCGCAGCGAUCACAACAUAAACUCCAAAAAUAGCAUUAAAAUCGGAACCAUCUGUGCAUAAUGACGCAUCGCGCUCCGUGGCCUGGCUCUUUCUUUCCUAGAUUUUGGCAUAUAAAAUAAAUUUGGCUCACAAAACUGAAUAUUAUAAUAUUUGUAUGAAGGCUUAAAGUAAAAAACUCAUCUGAUCACCGAAACAAAUCAUCUGUUUAGCCGCUGCAGCAGCAGCUGCAGCAGGACGGGGAGAGGACACAGAGACGUGUCCAGGUCGAGCUGUACGAGAAAUAAGAGGAAGAGGAAGAAAAAAAAAAGGAGGGAGACCAAUCUUGUUAACUUCAUCAUGUGUGUCUAUAUACUAGAUAUUUAAUUGCCACCCUCCGCCACGAUGAGUACACGAUGAAGGUAAAAUAAAAUGGGUCAUGUUGAGUCCUGCUGUUGAAGGCUCAAAUUGAAACCUGUCCAAAUAGGAGGGCGUUAGCAUUCAGACAGCAAACAAUGGAAAUCCAUGUAAGCUGAGGAACUGCAGGUGUAAUAUUAACUCUGGGUAAAACCAGUCUGACAGCCACACCAGAAAGACCAAGAACAUACAGGUAACAGUGAAAGCUGGUUUUUAAUCUCCUGUGUGAUGAAUGAAGAAACAAUGCUCUGAUUAUGUAUUCAAGGUCUGAAUGACCCCCUACUGUUACAUUCACAUGUCCACAGCAGUCAUAGGAAGUGGCAGGGUGGCAGACAGCAGGGAAAAACUGCCCUUCAGCUAUGACCCUCUAGUUCAAGAUCCUGUCUUGGACAAAUAUUUCCACUGCACUAAAGCACUGUGCUGUUCUUGUGAAGACAGCAGCGUUUGUUUCUCAGAAGAAUUGCAUCACUUAUUUACUAAAUAUACUCUACUGGCACUCUUUGUAUGGUAAGUUGGUAUCAGUUCCCUGUUAUAUACACAGACAAGGUCAACUUUUCCAUGUAACUGACAGAGAAAAGCUUCUUAGCAUUUUUUGAGAUAUGGUACGAACAAAGACCAAGAAAAAUAAGGACAUCCCAAGACAGCCUUGUGUUCCUCCAGGGUGAUACAUACAAUCACACAGUAUGAUUUCUAUUUCAGCCCGGGUUUGAUAUAAAGUGAAUAGGAAAAUGGUGAAAGCCUGCAUAUUUAGACAACACACAAAUGAAAUUAAAUCCCAGUACAGUAUGAAUACACUUCAGUUUGAUGUUUGUUACCAAGAUGUGAGUUUAACUGUCAUGCUGAUAUGCUGUCACUAAAUUUUUCUAUGCGCCAAGUGUUCAUGUUUUCCCCCUUUUCUUUACAAUCAUCCAAAGAUAAUUCUUUGUCUCCAAAACCAAUUGUAGUACUACAGACAUAAAGAAUACCAUAAAAUGUGUAGUUUCAAAGGAGCAAUAACACAAAACACAAAUAUCACACAAAGUAAAAUGAAGCCACUACAGCAGUCAAUACGGAGAAAAAGCACAGUCUUAUAUAACUUUAUAAAGUGUGCAUUUAAGAGGUACAAUAUGGGUUGAUGUCCUGCAGGGAACACGUUAUGCAACCUGAUGCACAACGAAACAAAUCCAACCAUUUCCACCGCCGGGAAACAGUUCUGUGGAAAAUUCCAGGGUCCAGUAUGUUCUCAAUUAAGGCGGUCUCUACUCCACCAUGAAACACAAGAACCAGCAGAAUGACUCAGCACUCUUUCUGCACACUGUGCCAAUGACUUAUAUAUCGAGGAAAUUUCAUUCGUAUCCAUUUUUUUUAGGAAGUUUAUAUAACUUCCUGAAAUGUAUUCCAGUUUUUUUGAUAAUCCACUCAGACUGCACCUUCCUAAAUCACUUUACCAGUGUGUUCAGUCAAGAAGAGUAAAAAUACUUUGGCACUAGAUAAAUGGACAGUGUUAUUGAGGUGGAAACUUUGGAAAUGUUGUAAGUGCAUUUUUGCCUUUAUUUCUUUUAAAGUGGUCAAAAAGAGGAACUUUCUUCCAUGGAGGUCUGAAAUAAACAGAAACAUCCGGUAAACUAACAAACCACAAUCUGUUUAAUCACAGCAGGGACUUCCUGGGUGAUGCUCCUUGGUUGUUAGCACAGCUUCAGCAUCCGGGUUCAUGUACCGCGUCACCACAAAGGACAUUUGCGUAACACUCACCACAGUUGUGUUGAGACAGCUUCAAGUUGACAUUCAUCAAGACACAGAGUCAUAAACAUUUCAGCCUGCUUUGACCCGCUUCAGCUUUACAUAACCGUGAGAGAUGUUUCCUUUGUAUCACUUUGAUUACACAAACUCCUUACUGUACAAGAUGUAACCUGAUGCCUCCUUUUUGAAUUUCAACAUUCAGGUUUCUGAUGAAACUCUUUAAGAAGUGACAAAGUGUCCUGAAAAACACAACUGUGGUAUGUGGUUAUAUAACCAUUGAGAGCAUUAAACUGUCAGCAUUAGCCAAUCAUUUUUCUCUUUGAUAACUAGAGGGCAUUAAAGCUACAGUGUGUAUUUACUAGCAGUAUUUGCUAGAGAAGCCUUGAGAGAGUGUAAUAACCCAUAAACUGAUCAUUCUUUUUGUUUUCCACAGCUUCGAAUGACGAAUGAUGGAUAUAAAAAGUCUACACACCCUUGUUCAACUGCCAGGUUUUUGUUAUGUAAAAAAAUUAAAUCAAGAUAAAUGAUUUCACAACUUUUUCCACCUUUAAUGUGACCUAUAACCUGUACAACACAACUGAAAAACAAACAGAAAUCUUUCAGGGAGGUGAAGUAAAAAUAAACAAGUAAGAUCAUCAGGUUGAAUUUGAGUCAGCAAACAUCUGUCACCGAUUAAAGUGCCUCUGAUCAACCCCAAAUAAAGUUCAGCUGUUCUAGUAGGCUAUUCCUGACAUUUUUGUAGCCACAUCUUCCAGCACAAGCCAUGGUCCGCAGAGAGCUUCAUCAGAGGGAUCUCAUUAUUCAAAGAUAUCAGUCAGGUGAGGGCUACAAAAGAAUUUCCAAGGAAUUAAAUAUACCAUGGAACACAGUGAAGACCGUCAUCAUCAAGUGAAGAAAAUAUGGCACAACGGUGAUAUUGCCAAGAACAGGAUGUCUGUCCAAAAUUGAUGAUAAGACAAGAAGAAAACUGGUCAGGAAGGCUACCAAGAGGCCGACAGCAACACUGAAGGAGCUGCAGGAAUUUCUGGAAAGUACUGGCUGUGUAGAACAUGUGACAACAAUCUCCCACUGUCUUCAUAUGUCUGGGCUAUGGGGUAGGGUGGCAAGAUGGAAGCCUUAUCUUACAAAGAAAAACAUCAAAGCCCAGCUUCAAAAAAAGACAAAACGACAUCUGAAAUCUCCCAAACGCAUGUGGGGAAAUGAGUUAUGGUCUGAUGAAACCAACGUUGAACUUUUUGGGCAUCAUUGCAAAAGGUAUAUUUGGCGCAAAAACAACACUGCUCAUCACCAAAAGAACACCAUACCCACAGUGAAGCAUGGUCGUGGCAGCAUCAUGCUUUGGGGCUGUUUUUCUUCAGCUGGAACGGGUGCCUUAGUCAGGGUGGAGGGAAUUAUGAACAGUUCCAAAUACCAGUCAGUGUUGACACAAAACCUUCGGCCUUCUGCUAGAAAGCUGAAGAUGAAGAGGAACUUCUUUUAGCACGACAAUGACCCAAAGCACACAUCUAAAUCAACAAAAGAAUGGCUUCACUGGAAUAAGGUUGAGACUUUGGAAUGGCCCAGCCAGAGCCCAGACCGGAAUCCCAUCGAACAUUUGUGGGGUGAUCUGAAGAGGGCUGUGCACAGGAGAUGCCCUCGCAAUCUGUCAGAUUUGGAGCGGUUUGGCAAAGAAGAGUGGGCAAAUAUUUCUACAUCAAGAUGUGCCACGCUGAUAGACUCCUACCCAAAAAGACUGAGUGCUGUAAUAAAAGCCAAAGGUGCUGCAACAAAGUAUUAGUUUAAGGGUGUGCAUAUUUAUGCAACCAUGUUAUUUUAACUUUUCAAUUUUUUAUUUUUCCCCUUUAAGGUUUCAGUUUGUUUUUCAAUGGCAUUCUACAGGUUAUAGGUCACAUUAAAGGUGGAAAAAGUUGUGAAAUUAUUUAUCUUGCUGUCAUUUUCUUACAUCACGAAAACCUGGCAGUUGAGCAGGGGUGUGUAGACUUUUUAUAUCCACUGUAUAUAUAUUUUUAUUUAGGAUUUAUUUGGGGCUGUUUAUGUCUUUUAUUGAUAGAUGGAGGAUGGUAGAUAGAGCACAAAAUGAGUAAGAAAGCAAGGAAUGACAUGGAGGGCAGACGCCACGGGGGAACUCAAACCUAGGGUCUGCCUAGACUGCUAGGCUAUUUGCACCCCAGUCCUUUUAUAUCUACAUAACAAGUGGGUCCCCUUUUACAGACACUGCCAUCUUGCACUGCCAUGUCUCUGCCGCACAGAACAGACACAUUAGUAACACAGGCGUCUUUAUGUAUCAGGGUCUUUUUGUCCAUGAAGGCCACCACUGCUUUUGGAACUUCACCAAUCAGAGAAGUGAGCAAGAGAGCAUUUCAAUGUAGGAUGUGAAUUUUCCAUUCCAUCACUCUUUGCCUUAAAUUGUUUGUCUGUUUGCUUGAACUACAUGUUUUAAAAAUUGUGUAGAAUAGGUGACCACAGUAUCUUAUAGUAUGGCCUUAAUCACAAUUCAAUGAGAAAAUUCUUCAUACCAAGUCAUUUUGCUGAGACAAUGAGCCAUUAUCAUUAAUUUCUGUGAUUGUUAUUAUUUUUAUUUUUAUUAUUUUUUUAUUUUGUUAUUAUAAUGUUAUUUUUCAGUGAUUGCAUAAUGGCCUUCUUAAAGACACAGCAAACCUGGGGUACAUGGUGCACGAUUUCUUGGAACUCCUAUUCGGAAAUUUACCAGCAAGCUUGCCAGUGGUCUUGUAUGGGAAACAGUGAUCUAGAGGAACUCCACUGAGACUAAAAUAUGAUAUGUUAGACAAAAUAGGGUGCAUCAGAGUUUAAAUGGUAGCAUUGUAAAGGUGAUUUGUGGAGGGUCCAAUUUCAGUCUACUCUCCUGGGAAAAAAGCACUGCAGACCAGCACAGCCCAUUCAAUUAGGACAUUAGUCUCAUGAGAAGCUUUCAUUACUUAACACAGACCUGAAGAAAAGGAAAAGCCUUCUUUGCCAGAGGAUGAAUGAUCACCAUACCUGAAGAAGGAUGGGGGUAUAUUCAUUAGAAUGAAUACUUCAGGACAUUAAAAAUAGCCCAACAGAAGCAUCUGCUCACUGUCUGCAUCCUCCUGACUAAAUGCUUCCAACAUGUUAUUGAAGGAGGCCUAAACCAUCAAUGGGAAAGGAGGUCAUCUACUGACAGAAAAAUGAAUUGCAACUUAUUUAUUGUCUCAACACUAAAGUACAAAAUGUUCUCAAAACUGAAGCCACGCAAAUCUAGUCUCUUUUCAGUAUUUUCAACAUGCACUUUGGACACAUUAGAAUACCCCUCUUACAAAAUAGGGUAACUCAAAGAUAAGUCCAUCUGUUUUAAUGGAAAAAAAAGAAAAAAAAGUAAGCAGAAACACCUCCUAUUUCCACUUAUUUCAUCAGUUAUUUUCAAGAACAGUAUGUAAUUUUUGAGCUGCACACAUGCACAAUAAUAAGAUGGGCUCUCACAUAGGAUUUUCUUUGAGCCCCUCUUUUUUUCCGCUUUUGUCUUUUUUUGCACGGUGCUGGGGAUUUUCCAUCAGUUGUGUUAGUCCUGUGACAAUGACAAUUACAAGUAAACAGCGACAUCUUCUGGCCAAUAUAUGAAAUUACAAGCAGACGGACCCGAAAGCCUCAUGGCCAUUUGUUGCCAUUAUGAAUGUAUUGUUAACAUUAUGCCGUCUUUGAGAAGGGCUUUUACUGCACUUAUAUCAUGUUAACUCUGAAAUCAUCCGAUUAUUAAUAGGUAUUCAAAGAUCAACCACGUUUGCUUAGCUUAUGUUUGGCCUUACAUCCGGAAUCUCAUGACCAUUAACAACCAAUUGAAAUAUCCAUAAGCAGCCGUCCUCACUCACACAUUCAUGACAUAGAAAACACGGUUGAGUUAAAAGUUUAUUUUUAAUGCCUGUUUGAGUAACCGUUUUUAAAAAUUCCUUGGAUACAUUUAACUCUUUAUAAAACUUUUGUCAUAAAUUGACUUCAAAGUUAUCACACAUCUUAACAUAUUUAGCGAGACAGAGGCUACAUCUAUUUUUAUCGCAUUUUAUUGGUACUGAAUGCCCUCAACCUUUGACACCGACCGUGUGAUUUAGUCAACAGGCUAUAUACAAACGGGUAGUGAGCAAAGUCAGUGAAAUGUAAGCUGAGCCAGGCCUAAAGAAUAUCAUCGCUGCUGCUGACUAGCAGGAUAGAUGCUGACCCACAGACACGUCUGCUGCCAAACCCCGCCUGUAAACACCACUGGACGUUUUCCAUAGACUUAUAGCCUACCAGGCUAGGAGUGCUAGUACAUCUCUAUGGCAUCCCUUGGACCUGACCUGCUCGGAGGGGCCCGCGGGGUAAGUACCUCAGUAAAAUAUUUUCUAAUUUAUGAGGCCAAAAUCAUAAGGGCUUGUAGGUGGGUAAUCUGUUUGAUGGACAGAUAGACUGAGCUCUGCAGAGGACCAUUUGUUAAACUUUGACAUACUGGUUGUUGCCUACCUGCAAGGUGUAAGGUGAGCAUUUGAUACUAGGGAAUGCAGCAGUGAAGUGUUUGCAAGGAAUGUUGAGUUGAAAAGGCUUUUAUGUGAUGAAAAUAACACUGUUCUUUAAUUCAAAUUUCCAGGGAUUUACAAGGAGUACAUAGCAUAAGGAAUUCCCUGUGACUAUUUCAUGUCACCUUUUAAAAGUGACCAUGGCUGAUGAACUCUCAUCAAGGAUGUCUGACAGGGGAGAUUUAUUAUGGAAACAUCAAGAAAGGCAUUGUGUCAUUCCGUCUUCCUCUGAUGGGCAUAUCACGAUUGAAACAAAUACUGUGAAGACUGUCACAUCAGUCGGCAAUAUUUGUGAAGGUGUGAACUCAUUUUCAGAGAGCAAUGACACUGGGAUCCUGUAUCUGAAUCCUCAAACACCAAAAUGGUCUCUGGUGGAGAGGUUUGCUGAGCUUUCCCCUGAAGAGGAAUUAAGACCUAACAAUGACCAAGACUACAGCAAACAAUGCACUAAAUCUGCUGAAAACACUGAAGUACAUGUGUCCAAUGAAAAGCUGUUAGAUGCCGAACAAAAGAGGAGGAAGAACUGCACCAAAUACCUCAAAAGCAAUAGGAAACCAAAGGAUGCCGCAACCACUCAGAGGGUUUCUAAACUUAAAGAACGAAAUGAGAAUAAUUCACCAUGUCAAAAUGGGAAUAAGACCAAAAAGAAGAUUAUCAUUAAACGUCCUAUUAAGAAACCUAAAAAGUCUGAAGAAGGCAAAAUCCCUAAACUGUUACUUGCAAUGAAAAAACGUGGUGGUGAAGUUGACACAGACCAGCGUCCCUUCAAGUGCACACACUGCCACUGGGCGUUUAAGAAGCUAUGCAACCUACAGAGUCACUUACAGACACACACUGGCCUCAAGCCGCAUGUGUGUGACAUAUGUGGCAAGGCCUACUCACAUCAAGGCACGCUGCAGCAACACAAGCGUCUACACACAGGUGAAAGACCAUAUCACUGCCCCUUCUGUGUCAAGACCUACAUCUGGUCCUCAGAUUACCGCAAGCAUAUACGCACUCACACUGGUGAAAAGCCCUACGUCUGUGACACCUGUGGGAAGGAUUUCAUUCGCUCCUCUGACCUGCGAAAGCAUGAGCGGAACAUGCAUACCAACGACAAGCCCUUCCCAUGCAAGCACUGUGACAAGACCUUCAAUAAACCCCUCUCCUUACAGCGGCAUGAGCGUAAGCACCUUGGUGAGAGGCCCUUCUCCUGCCCUGACUGUGGUAAGACCUUUGCCUUGGCCAGCCGGAUGGUAGAGCACCAAAAGGUCCACACUGGAGUGCGACCGUUUGUCUGCUCUGUGUGCUCCAAGUGUUUUACAAAGUCCUCCAACUUGGUUGAACAUGAGGCCAUUCACAGCGGAGAACGACCUCAUAAAUGUACGGAGUGUGGCGUGGCAUUUGCCAUGGCCUCCCGCCUCGUCCGUCACCAGUUUAUCCACAGCAAAGACAAACCACACAGCUGUACAGGCUGCAGCAAAAACUUCUGCCACUUAGCUACACUGAAGCUUCACCAGGAGCAAACCUGUGCUGGGAGGAUCUUUGUCUGUGUUGAAUGCAACAAAUCCUUCCAAUGUGCAACAAAGCUUACACAGCAUAUGCUGGACCACAAGAACUUAAGUGUCUGAGUCUGUGUAAUGACACUUAACCUGAUAAUCCAUUACUGAGCUGGAUCUUGUCACACAAAUUUUUAAGUUAACUACUCUUACAAUGGUGUGACUAUUUCAAAUAUGCAGCUCCAGAUACUUAAGAUCCAUUCAAGGUCAAAGGGCACGAGUUUAUUUAUAAAAAGGUAUGUAUUCACUAUUUAUAUAUAUGUGCCUUGCAAGUUUUGAGACUUGUUGCAUGAACUUCAUUUUGCUUCGUAGUAUUUGGUACCCAUGAAAAUAUUGUAGGAUAUGAGUUACCGCACACAUGGCACUGGCACUGGGUCUGGCAGCUUAAUAGUGUAAUGCCUAAGCGCAUACAGGAGUACUAAGAUUACAAAUACAGUUUGUACGACAUUGCAACAUUGCGUCGUGGAAAUGUUGUUGAGAUUAUACUGAUAAAUUUCCACUGAUGAUUUAUAUGCAUGUCUGGCUUGUUUUGUAUCUUAGUACUAUGGGGGUACAUGCUGACCCACUCCAAUUAGGAAAGGCACUGAGCAUUGCAUUUCAAAAGGCUCAUCAUUUCCUCGCCUUGAAAUCGUGGAUGCACAGAGAUUUAAAAUGCCUAACUAUAGCACCAUUGACACUAGAUCACACACACAUGCAUGACAUUUUUAGAAAGUAGUGCUUAUCAUGCAUCCUGAUGCCCCAACACAUAAAGGGGCUGCUUAAUGCACCCAACUCAUCAAUACUUUUCAUACACACAAUUUAACACCAAAAUCAAAGCUUACUAUUCUCAGGUGUAGUUUGUUUCUAUUGUUCAGUGAGUUUUGAUGCACUUUUUCUUGAUGCACAGGCAGGAAAGCCUCCAAUGUUUUGACAUGUUUGAGAGCCAGUUAUUACUAUCGAGGAACCUACGGCUGUAUAUAAGGAAGUGACUGUUGACACACAGUUUUUUUGAUUGAAUUUUUUUAAACUGCUGCUUUUUUUUUCUUGUGGAGACAGAGGUUUACCAGUUUUUAGCUUGGGGGUGGCAUUGCCAUGUUUUCAUCCUGAUAAGGUUGCCUUGGUUGCUCUCUUGUCGCCUAGGUAGGGAUGCUCGAGAAGCUCCUGCUGACUAAAUUGGAUCUCUGUUUACACAAUGAAUGUCAUGCUGUAGAACCAGCCAUUGUGACCAUAGCAAAACAAAAAUUUCAUGGAAAAUGCUCACUGGUAAUGCCUAUUUUCUCUUAUAGCCUGUGAUUUCCAGAUGCAAGGGUUUAGCACUGUGGCAUUAACUCUUAUAUCAAACGACCACACCCACUUCUUAUGGCAGGGGCACAUUUUUGAUCAUUAACAGACCAGAGUUUAAACUCUUCAGGGAAGCUAUCGUACUUAUCAGUCAUUGCUUUUUGCAAGUGAAGGUAUCUGUGUGGAACAUAAGCACAGAUUUUUGACUUCAUGGUGCCUUAUAUGGAUUUAGUGCUUCACAGCAUAGCUAUUUUGAUGUUGGAUGUUAUGUUUUGCUCGAGGUUUAGAUUCUGUAUACAAGUGUAAUUCUCUUCACAGACAAAGUAGAUUCACUAAAUUAUUGAUGGAAAUAAUUUAGAAAAUUAGGAUGUCUUUUAAAUGGUGCAGAGGUAAACCUGGAAGGAAUGACUUUUCAGGUGAGUCUGCAGGUAAACUACAAAAGCACCGGGCAUUUGUUUGGCUGAACAAGUUCUAAGUCAAAAUUACAAUUUUUCAUUCUUAAAAUGAUUUUUUUAAAGUCCAUAACCAUUUGAUAACCCCUACAAAUUAUCCUGCAACCUCAAUGAGGUCGGCACCCCAAGGUCAAUAAUCACUGCUUUACUGUGAUUAUACCACAUCACCAACCCGAAUAUGUUAUAAACUUAGCUCUAGUGGAUUAAAGGAAAAAAAUAUUGCUCACAAAUUAAGUGAAGAAUGCUAUAAAGAUCGUAUGCACAUGUAUCACAAUGACAGUUAAUUUAAAUGAACUGCAUUUUUUUUCCUUCUGCAAUGAUCUCUGUUUUUAUAAAGGACACAUUAAGUUUCUAUGACAAUAAAGUUUGAUUGAUGACUUGUUGGCCUGGAUCUGUGUCACGGAGGGAAUUUUAAAGAUGCUAUUUAAAACCAUCUCUCCAUUACAAUUAAUAAAGAUGAGUUUAUCAGGAAGUCAGCAGUGACUCCCCUCCUGCCUGUCAGUGUGUGCAGGAUUCCAGACCAACACAUCCCACCCACACUUGGCAACUGCAGACUAAUGGUAAAAGGAGACGCCACCUGCCGUGUUGCCACUUACGCUUGUAAAUCAAGUACGACCUACCCCUUGGUACCUCUUUCCUGGCAAGAUGCAUUGAAACUGGUGACUGACUUUGACUUUGCUGUUAUCAAAAUUAAAAUGAAAAUCAAAAAAUCAAAAUAAAUGCAAGCUAUGAAGAAGGCAGAAGCAUUUAAUGAGGAAUUACUGGUAUAUAACAUUACACUGAUGAACUGGUAAUUAAUAUAUAUCUUGUGCUGGUACAAAGGUACAAAACAUCAAUCUUAAGGGUAAUACAUUAAGCAAAAUGUUGUAUGAUAUAAAAAUAUCUUCAUUACAUUCAAACAUGUUUUAUAUACAUUUGAAGGAGCAUGUUUAAGCAUUGUCAUCUCUUUGACAUGUGUAAUAAUAAAACUACUAAUAAAGACCUUUCCCAGAUGAAAGGCACUGUGAAUACUAUCAGCAC